GAGGAAAAUAACGGAAAACAAAGUGAGAAAGACGCAAACGGCGAGUCGUUGUUUCAUUAUCUGAUCACAAGCGAUCCCUUCUUCCUUUCUCUCUCCUCUCUUCUCCUCUCAUCGAAUUAAAUAACCUCGCCUUUCCAAUCGCUUCUUUUUAUGCUACCGGAAGCGCGAUAAUUGAUCUUUGUUCUUCCUUUGUUUGGCUUUUCGAUUCGAUUUGUUUUUUGAGAAAUCCAUCCAGAAAGCUUCGAUUUUUAUCUUUUGGAUUCUUUUUGGUGUUGGAAUCCGUUUUCGAUUGAAAGAUUUUGUUUUGUUUUGAUCGUGCGUUGUUUCUAGGGGUUUGGGAAGAGAUUUUGAAGGGUGAGCUUCUGAUGGAGAACUUGAUCACCUAGAGGAAGGAUUUGGGCUGUUUCUUCUUUGAUAAGGUCGAAAGCAACAGCCUGGGUUAUGAUCGGAGGUCACCGGAUUGUUGAAGCUAGGAUUCUGUUUAGUUCUCGGCUUCUUUCUCUCGGCUUCCCGGAGGGGUUCGGGGGUGGGGGAUGAGGAACGAUGUACAGAGGCCUCAGGGAGGUGCUGUGCCGAGGAACGGACGGGGCAACAGCGGCUUCUUCUCUCUCCGCUCGCUGUCAAACUACAUAAGGGUUGUCUCCUCCGGAGCCUCGACGGUCGCAUCGACCGUCCGAUCGGCAGGGGCGUCUGUUGCAUCCUCCAUUGCGGACCGUGAUGAUGCCGGACUUGAUCAGGUGCACUGGGCUGGAUUUGACCAAUUAGAAUGUGAGGGUGACGUCCUGCAGCAGGUUCUGUUGCUGGCUUAUAAGUCUGGUUUUCAGGUUUGGGAUGUUGAGCAGGCAGAUGAUGUAAGACAGCUAGCAUCCAGACAUGAUGGUCCUGUUUCAGUUUUGCAAAUGCAAAAGAAGCCAAUUUCAACAAAGGGAUCUGAAGAUAAAUUUGCAGAUGUCCGUCCCUUACUGGUUGUUGCUGGAAAUGGACCAUUUUCUGGAAAUGGAAACAAUGCUGAUGGAUUUGCUUCUUCUUGCAAUGGGAGUGCUGGUGGUUGCCAGGAGCUGGGAAAUGACAAUCCAUUACCAACAUUUGUCCACUUUUAUUCAUUAAGGAUGCAUAAUUAUGUGCAUGUCUUGAAGUUCAGGACUGCUAUCUACUCAGUAAGAUGCAGUCCUCGAGUUGUUGCCGUUUCACAAGCCUCCCAGAUACAUUGUUUUGAUGCUGCAACCCUGGAGAGAGAAUAUACUAUUCUUACUUGCCCUAUAGUUUCUGGAAUUCCUGGCUGUGGAGGUAUAGGCUAUGGACCUCUUGCUGUGGGUCCUAGGUGGUUGGCCUAUAGUGGAAGUCCAGUCGCAGUUUCAAAUACUGGCCGUGUCAGCCCGCAACACCUCAGUCCUAUUACAGGUGUGUCAACAUCUCCUUCAAAUGGAAGUCGUGCACACUAUGCAAAAGAAUCAAGUAAGCAACUUGCUGCUGGCAUAGUGACACUUGGAGAUAUGGGAUAUAAGAAGCUGUCCAAGUACUGCUUGGAACUUCUGCCUGAUAGCAAUGGUUCAGUUACACGGAGCUCUGGCCCAAAAAUUAAUGGUACCAUUAAUGGGCAUUUGUCAGACACAGGAUAUGCUGGAACGGUCAUUGUUCGAGAUAUUGUUUCUAAAUCAGUUGUGGUUCAGUUUAAAGCACAUAGAAGUCCUAUUUCUGCAUUAUGCUUUGAUCCUAGUGGGACAUUAUUAGUGACAGCUUCUAUUCAUGGUCACAACAUCAAUAUUUUCCGCAUAAUGCCUUCUCUGUGUGGAAGUUCAUCUGAAUCUGAUGCAAAUGGGUCAUAUAUUCAUCUUUACAGGUUGCAACGUGGCAUCACAAAUGCGGUUAUACAGGACAUAAGUUUCAGUGAUGACAGCCAAUGGAUAAUGAUCAGUUCCUCAAGAGGAACUAGUCAUUUAUUUGCAAUAUCUCCUUUGGAAGGGACUACAAACCUUCAGUUCAGUGAGAGUAAUUUUACAAGUAUCAGUUGUGGAACUGAUUUAGCAACUAUAGCAGUUCAUUGGCCGCAUAGCUCAUCUUCAAUAAAGCAUAAUCAGCAGAGGCCUUUUGCAUCUCGCCCCCCUGUCACAUUAUCAGUUGCAAGCAGAAUAAGGAACGGGAGCAAUGGAUGGAAAGGUGCUGUCACUGGUGCUGCUGCAGCUGCCACAGGCAGAGUCAGUCUUUCUGGGGCUAUUGCUUCAGCUUUCCAUAACUGCAAGGGUUCUGGUCUUUAUUCUGAUAACAGCUCAUUAAGGACAAAAUAUAACUUGCUUGUUUUCUCUCCUUCUGGCUCUAUUAUACAGUAUAUGCUGCGUCAGUCCAGUGGAGGGGAUUCUGGCAUUGAUCUGUCAGGGUUAAGCACUGUUUCUCAUGGAUCAUCACCAGAAACUGAUGCAAAGUUAGUUGUUGAGGCACUUCAGAAGUGGGAUGUUUGUCACAAGCGGGGCAGGAGAGAUCGAAGUGACAAUGUUGAUAUAUAUGGUGAUCAUGGAAAUGGAGAAAGCACUAAACUUCUCCAGAAAGGCACAAAGAAGGUAACUAGUAUCUAUCCUGCUGAAAGUGCUACAGAUAUGAUAAAACUCAGUGCGGUAGAAAAUCAUCACUUGUAUAUAUCUGAGGCUGAGUUGCAGAUGCAUGCAGACCAUGUUCCAUUAUGGGCGAAGUCUGAGAUAUGCUUUCAAGUGAUGAUGGAUCAAAAUAUUAAAGCAGACAAUAGUAAUAUGUUGUCUGGGGAAAUUGAGAUAGAAAGGAUCCCAACCCGCCACAUUGAAUCUAGGUCAAACGAUCUUAUACCAGUUUUUGACUAUAUCCAAACAUGCAGAUGCCGGCAAUCAAGAAAUAGCCCACUGCUGUGCCAAAAACUCUGGACCGCAGAAGGAGGAAUGCUCUCAUGCAGAAGCAGCUGUUGUUUGCUGGACUGUAUGUCUGAAAAUUCUGCAGUGACUGAGCUUCCCAAUGCCAUUGACAAGAAUGGUCGGAAUCAAACCUCGGAAGAAUUUAAGGAGGGCUUUGUAAAUAACCAUAUGGAUAGCUCAACAUGAAAAGUCAACUUGACUUUGUAAAUUAUAGUGAGGGCCUGAAGAUGGAGGCCCAGUUCCGAGUCUGUAGAUAACAAGAGAACCUGGAAGACCGAAACCCACUUCGAGGAUUAAUGAUAAUGACAUUGACUAAGGUCAGUGGUUAGAGAGGCUUAUGGAAUGCUUAGAUCUUUCUCAGGUGUGUAGCAGCUAUUCUUUUAUUCUACCCUGAGAUAUUAACUUGUGUUUAUAUAUACAUACAUACAGACAUACAUGUGGCAAUGUAAAGCAAAGUAAGAGGGGUCCAACUGUGAAGCGGAAGCACUUCACUUUGCGAAGUUGGGGAUUCCAUUUCUGCCAAACAUUUGUAAAUGAAGCAAUUUCUUGAUUACAUUUUUAAUAAGCAUCUGUAAUGUGUAAAUAAUGACAAUGGACGUAAUGUGUUUCAGUAUCUAUAAGAAUAUAUACUGAUGCAUGUUGUGAUUGAAGGGUUACCAAGGUUUUCGAUAUUAGGAUUAUUUGUUGGAAGAGUUGUUUGGUACAGGGUCUCGUCUAGUGGCUUGUCAUCACCACAUUGUUUGUCCAUGAUUUUAAACCAUGUUUUCGAUAA